GAAGAGACGCUUGUGAUUCCGUGCGAUAAUCACCAGCAUAAACUAUGAAAAGCCCUCUGUCUCUCUUGCUCUUACUCUGCCCACCCCCAAGUCAGAUCUAAUCUAGCCAAAUUUCUCUCUCUAUCUAUUUUCUUUGAUUAGAUUCUUCCAUCAAAAGGGAUUUUUACGGUCUUCUUUUAUAUUUCUCCAUCGAUCAACUAGCUCCAACUUUACCCUAACUUCAUUAAGCUUUGCCUUUGUUUACCUUAAAAAACACCACCCACUAAAACAGAGAAUAUCGUCAAGGGAUUUCCCCUUAAACCCUAGUCUUUCCAAAGCUAGGGUUUCAGAUACUUAACUCUAACUGAUUGGAUCUGUGGGUUGGUCUCUGUUUCAAGAGCUAUUGAUUCCUACUAGAUCUUCGUUGCAUUCUUUUUUUGUUGGACUUCAUCUCAUCAUGGCUACUUCCUACCCAGGACCCUUUCAGGUUGGUUCAUACUUUGUGGGACAAUACUAUAAGGUGCUAGGACAGCAACCUGAUCUACUUCAUCAGUUUUACUCGGAUGCCAGUACGAUGAUUCGGGUCGAUGGAGAUUCUUCUGAAUCUGCUUCUUCAAUGCUGCAAAUUCAUACCUUGGCCAUGUCACUAAAUUUUACUGCAAUCGAGAUCGAAACGAUUAAUUCUCUUGAUUCUUGGAAUGGAGGAGUUCUUGUGAUGGUUUCUGGUUCUGUUAAAAUCAAGGAUUUCAAUGGCAGAAGGAAAUUUGUGCAAACCUUUUUCCUGGCCCCACAAGAUAAGGGUUACUUUGUUCUUAAUGAUAUCUUUCAGUUUAUUGAUGAUGAAACAAUUUACCAACAUCCAGCAUCAACAUUACCAGAAGACAAACUUGAUUCUAAACUAAAUGUAUCAAGCCCUGUUGCAGAGCCACAAGUUUCUGACUAUGCCUUGGAGGAGGACUUCAGUGAGUACGUCAACUCUGUUCACAUUGAAGAUAAUCCAGUUGACAACUAUAGUAUCCCAGAGCAACCAGAGCAAGAAGCUGUUGAAGAUGAGGAUCCAGUGGAGGAAGCUCCUACAGAGGAGGAAACCCUUGUUUCACAUCACAGUGUAGUGAAUACUGUGCAAGAACCUCCAUCUAUACCUUUGGAGGAACCUGUUGGGGAGCCUCCGAGGAGAACUUAUGCUUCUAUUUUGAGUGUUCCCAAGCAGCAAUCUGCUUCAUCUGCUCAAGUUCAACCUUCUUAUAACAAGAUUCCCUCGAGUACUUCAGAUUGGGACCAGACACCAGAAUAUACUAAUCAGCAGUCACGUCCUGCUUGGUCAGAUGUUCCUGAAUCUGCGGCAGAGACAGCAGUGGAGGAAGCUUUAGUCUCUGAAGAAGGUGAAUAUACUGGUGAAUAUAAAUCUGUAUAUGUGAGAAACUUGCCUUCUACUGUUACUGCUACUGAAAUUGAGCAGGAGUUUAGGAAUUUUGGAAGAAUCAAGCCUGACGGUGUGUUUAUCCGGAACCGCAAGGAUGUUGUUGGUGUUUGCUAUGCUUUUGUUGAGUUCGAAGACAUUCUUGCUGUUCACAAUGCAAUCAAGGCAUCUCCCAUACAGUUUGCUGGAAGGCAAGUUUACAUAGAGGAACGCAGACCAAAUAGCACUGGUACUCGAGGAGGAAGAAGGGGGAGAGGCAGGGGCAGCUAUCAACCUGAUGCCUCAAGAGGUCGCAUUAGUUCUCGAAGUUUGGGUAGGGGAAACAACCAAGAAUCUGGUGACUACAGAUCAAGAAGCAAUGGUUUCUAUCAACGAGGUUCUCGAUAAGGCGGCUUCUUAGUAAAACUGACCGUACACAAGUUGGCAUAACUUUCCAACUUUUUUGAAAAUCUGUGGGUGAUUGAGGGCUUGGUAGCAAUGGUUGAACAUUUCCCAUCAGUGAGUUAAGAAAAUAUGCAUUUACUUUCGUUUGAGUGUGUUGUUUCAGUUAAAGGAGUUUUGGGUGCAAUUUUUCUUUAUUGCUUUCAUGGGUUACAUAUGUUUCUCCCUUGAAUGCUUUUUAUUAUGCAGUUCAGGUGGAGAAAUUUUUUCUUAA